UUUAUCUCUGAGCAUAUCCUCUUCCACUCUUGAUGACAUAUGACAUGAUGAGACAUAUACCUUGGCUGAUUUUUUGGCUGACAGCAGCGACUUCCCCAGAGUCUGCAGCUAUGACUGUGACGCUGAUGGCAUCUCCUGGAGAUACUAUAAGUGUAGGAGAAAGUCUGAAACUUACCUGCAAAUUAACUGUAAAUGUAAGCUCUGAGUCGCACUUUACUUUCACCUUUAUAAAGAACGGCGCACCAGUAAGGAAGAACAUUGAAUCUCCAGAGCUGAUCAUAAACAACUUUAAUAAAAGCCAUGCUGGGAAUUACAGGUGUGCUGUGAAGCAUUCAGAAGGUCGAGAGCACAACAGUAAACAAGUGAAGAUUAAAGUGAAAGAACCCGUGCUAACUGCCUACCCGAAAAAACUUUUGGAGGAGGGAGACAAUCUCCGUCUGAGCUGCAGCUGGAUGGAGGAUGGAACAUCUCAUUCACACCUUACUUACCGCUUUUUCCAAAAUAAAACAGAAGUGCAGAAGAGCAACACUUCAGUGUUAACCAUAGAGAACAUUCAUACAGGCCACAAUGGGAACUACUCUUGUGCUGUGGACUUACAAGGGCAAGAAAUUGGACGCAGCAACAGGAUAAACAUUACAGUCCAAGCUCAGGGUGUGACAUUGACUGCAUCUCUAAAACGUUCUGUGAAAGUGGGAGAUUCUGUUCGCUUUAACUGCAAAUCAGCGUGGAAGAAAAGCUCUGCCUUAAACAUCACUUUCUUCUUCCUAAAAGACGACAAGAUUGUAUGGAAUAGCAGCCACUCACGAUUCAAAAUAGACCAAAUUAAUAAAAGCCACACUGGAAGUUACACAUGUGCAGUGGAGCUACAAGGACAAAAGGAGUACAGCAAUAAAAUAACGAUUGAAGUCGAAGACACAUAUCUUCCUAUUGUUGCAGUCAGUGCCGGGAUAUUUCUGGGUCUUGUGAUACUCCCACUGCUGUUCUAUGCAUAUCACAGGAUUCAAGGUUUACCUUGCAGUGCCAGCAAGAAUAGCAGGGCAACAGGACAUAGAAGAGAAGCUAGUUUCCCCAAAAAGGAGGAUUCUGAUAUACAGAUGGAUAACUUCGGAGUAACAGAAAAAGAAACUGAUCAUUCAGAUGUCACAUAUUCUGAACUACUGGACUUUUCCACAAGGAAUAAUAAAGGCAAACAUCAUACGGAGACCAGCCCUGCGUCAAUCUACUCCGAGGUGGCCAUCGUGAAAGUGAUACCAGUGCCCUUUAUGCUACAGUUCUUCCAAGACACAACAGGAUGUAAGGACUCUGGCUUCACAUGGGACUCCUGGAAUAUCAAGCUCAUGAUCUGCACCCUUAUGCUUUCAAAGUCAAGAUUUCAUGACAGCGGCCUAUCGCGACGGUGGAACAGGAUGAAUACUCUUGUAUGCAAGUGACUGCAGCUACACAAUUAACAAUUAAAUGGAUGUGAAUUUGUUUAAACAUAUUAUUUGCACUUCAUUGUAGAACCCAAAAGUCCAGUCUUAUAAGUAAAUUCAGCCUUUCUCCUACUUGCAAUUGCUAUCCAUUUAAAAAUGAAUUCUUAUAUGCUUUGAUUUAUUUGUUUUUCAAUGGCUAUAUUGUGUUUGUAAAUCAGUGAAAACGCUUGCACCUGACUUCAGUAUAUAUUGCUAUUGUGUAUAAAAAUAAACUAAACAGACAUGUUU